ACAAAAAACACAAAAAUAAACGUGAAUUGAUCGAUUUGUAUGCCUUACCCAGUACCGGGAGAGAUUUGUGGUGUCACACUGAUUAUCGUCCCCCGCUGCUGUCAACAUGACUGGUGUGGUUUGUGCCAAAAUCCUCCUUCAGAGAUCAUUACCAAGGUUAAUCUUCUCUUCCAGAACAACACCAACUUUCCUCAGUCCAUUUCUGUCGCGGGGACACCGUUUGGGUCCGAGUGAUGACGAGAUGUAUCAGCGUACCACAGUGUCAGUUAUGAAAAAGGAGCCAGGAAGCGGUAUCAUGAUCCUCAGCUACAGCUCCCAAGGAUUCAACAUUGAUGGCAACAAAGUGUUUGGGCCCUGCGCAGUGCUCCCUCCUUCCAUCCUGCAGUGGAAGGUUGGGAAUGCUAAAGAUAUCACAGAAGAAAGUGUGUCACUUUUCCAUAUGAUCAUACCCCAAAUAGAGAUUCUGGUCCUGGGUACGGGCGCACGAAUCGAACGCAUUCAUCCCUCGGUUCUGGCUCUUCUUCAGAGCAAAGGCAUCGCAGUGGAGGUGCAAGACACGCCAAACGCAUGUGCAACCUUCAACUUCCUGAUAAACGAAAACAGGAUAGCAGCUGCCGGUCUGAUCCCUCCGUCCACCCGCACAGCACCGGAGAUGAAGCAGGAGUAGGUGACCUUGUGUGAAGUGCACUUGAGAACUGUUACCAAAUGAUCAAGGUUCAUCAAUCCUUUUGGGCCUGUGUCAUUUACUCACCAAGCUUCUCAAAGUGAGAUUCGCCAAUCAGCCGUUAUCGGCGAUGAAACUCAAUGAACUGAAAUGUGGCUGCUUGAAAAACUCACUUGAAAUCCGUUGAACAUUUGCAAGACUGGGACUUGACUUUCUGCUUGUAAAUAAACCAUGUGUUACAUGUCUAAAUUAUACACUUAAAACAUGUUGUAUGCGUGAGAAUAAUUUACAGUGUGUGUACUGUAUUGUGCUUGUUGCCAUGUCACCAUUCGGCAGCACUGGUCACUUAUGUGCUCUCAGUGUAUUUCCACUUACCCCUCCACUAUGCCAGGCAAUCACAAGGCUGCCCGAAUGACUCAUGGCGAAACUGUUCGCAACACGCCCAUACAAGACUUGAGCACUUUUCCUUGAGCUUUUGUUUCUGACUCUGACCUCACUACCUCGUCCUCCCACAAAUCGUCCUCGUCCUGCCCCCGACUAGGAGUUCCGCCUUAACCCAUUUGGCUGCCCCUUUGGCUAUUUGGUGUUGUGCUACAAACCACAGCAAAGUGAGUUUUCCUGUCAGUGGAUUACAGAGCAUUACAAGACCGAGGUCGUGACCCCUUCCCAAUCUUCAAAGACUGAUUUUUGAAGUUAGCCGCAUUGCCGCUCCUCUGUUUGUUGCUGGACUUGUCGCAGUUAUUAAAACUAAAUUCCAA